AUGUCAGGUCACACGGCUGCUGCAGUCGCAUCCCCGGCAGCCGGGACCAGCGCCGCAACCACCCCAGGGACGAAUGGCGGGAUCCUACCACCACCACCGCCGUGCGGCUGUUGGCCCGCGACCCUGCGGAUCGCCAACCUCUGCCAGAGCCACGCCGAGGCGGAGGCGUCGUCGAUGCGGGAGGCGGGCGCGGCCCACGGCUCCUUCCUCGCCGACGCGCUGACCAUGAGCCGCGAUCUGGUCCAGCACUGGGGCACCAUCAACGGGUGCGCGAGCUCCGAGUCGCACAUGACCCCGCAGGCACUAUGCUCCAUGGCCGACGCGAUCGACCAGGUGCUCCGCGGCCACGCCACGGCCAUCGAGGACCUGUCGCGGCGGCAUCAGCAUCAUCAUCAUCAUCACGAGGCGACACGCGGGCCGCACGCGGCGCGGACCUUUGUCGGCCGGCUGGAGCUCGACGCCGACGAGGGCGCCAUCGUCGCGCAGGAGGCGCUAAAGCACUCCCUGAUCCGCCUCGCCGCCAUGCUGCAGGACGUCGAGGAGGAGAGCGCGCUGCUCCGGUCCGAGGCCGAGCCGCACCCGCUUCGCGGCCGGGAUAUCCGGGACCUUACGACUCGGCUGUUCCGCCUGCUCGGGAGUGUGAACAGGUUGGAGACUGCUUAG